CAGUCACAGGAGGCAGCUCCCACAGCCUGGCAGGAAGUGUAGUGACUUGCUGCCUGAAGUCUUUGUGAGGCAGACAGGAAUGCUGGCGCUCCACAUUAGGCUUGAAGGGUGUGGAGAGAGCACUGCCUCUGCUUCUUGCCGCUGAGAAGCCGACUCUCAGCACAGAUAAAGGCACACUGUUGGACUGAGAAAGGUACAGGUUGUUCUCCAGGGAGAUGGCGGCUAAGAUAUCUAAGGAGGAGCUUGAAGAGCUGCGUGAAGCCUUUGGGAAAGUCGAUCUAGACAACAAUGGCUACAUCAGUGACUAUGAGCUCCACGACCUGUUCAAGGAGGCCAAUCUGCCUCUGCCGGGAUACAAAGUCCGCGAAAUCAUCCAGAAGUUGAUGACGGAGGGUGAUAAAGACAAGGACAAUAGGAUCAGCUUUGAUGAGUUUCUCUCAAUCUUCCAGGAGCUCAAAAGCAGCGACAUUGCCAAGAGCUUCCGCAAAGCCAUCAACAGGAAAGAGGGCAUCCUGGCUAUUGGGGGCACGUCUGAGCUGUCCAGUGCAGGCACACAGCACUCCUACUCAGAGGAGGAGAGGUUUGCCUUUGUGAACUGGAUCAACACAGCGCUGGAAAAAGACCCCGACUGCAAACAUGUUCUGCCCAUGAACCCCAACACGGAUGACCUCUUCAAAGCUGUAGGCGAUGGAAUUGUGCUGUGUAAAAUGAUCAACCUGUCAGUGCCUGAUACGAUCGAUGAGAGGACAAUAAACAAGAAGAAGCUCACGCCGUUCACAACACAGGAAAACCUCAAUCUGGCCCUGAACUCUGCAUCAGCCAUUGGUUGUCAUGUGGUCAACAUCGGCGCUAUGGACCUGCGGGAAGGCAAACCUCACCUGGUGCUGGGCCUGCUGUGGCAGAUCAUCAAGAUCGGCCUGUUUGCCGACAUUGAGCUGAGUAGAAACGAGGCGCUGGCGGCAUUGCUGCGGGAGGGUGAGACCCUGGAGGAUCUGAUGAAGCUGUCCCCAGAGGAGCUGCUCCUACGCUGGGCCAACUACCACCUGGAAAACGCCGGCUGGCACAAGAUAAACAACUUCAGCUCCGACAUCAAGGACUCCAGAGCUUAUUUCCACCUCCUGAACCAAAUUGCACCCAAAGGCCUUAAAGAGAACGAGGAGCGCAUUGACAUCAACAUGGCAGGCUUCAACGAGAAAGAUGAUCUGAAAAGAGCCGAGGCGAUGCUGGUGCAGGCCGACAGGCUGGGCUGCAGACAGUUCGUCACUUCGGCCGAUGUGGUGUCCGGCAACCCCAAGCUCAACCUGGCGUUCGUGGCCAACCUUUUCAACAAGUACCCAGCACUGACCAAACCUGAGAACCAGGACAUCGACUGGGGCCUGCUGGAGGGAGAAACCAGAGAGGAGAGAACAUUCCGGAACUGGAUGAAUUCGCUGGGUGUUAAUCCUCACGUGAACCACCUAUACGGUGAUCUCCAAGAUGCCCUGGUCAUCCUGCAGCUCUAUGAGCGGAUCAAGGUUCCGGUUGACUGGAACAACAAAGUCAAUAAGCCCCCUUACCCAAAAAUUGGAGCCAACAUGAAAAAGCUGGAGAACUGUAACUAUGCUGUGGAACUUGGAAAGACAACUGCCAAAUUCUCACUGGUGGGUAUUGGAGGUCAGGACCUUAAUGACGGCAACCCUACACUGACCCUGGCUCUGGUUUGGCAGCUGAUGAGGAGAUAUACUCUGAAUGUACUUGAGGACCUGGGAGAUGGACAGAAGGUGAACGAUGACAUCAUCGUCAACUGGGUCAAUAAAACGUUGUCAGGGGCAGGAAAAUCGACCAAAAUUUCAAGCUUCAAGGACAAAGAGAUCAGUUCCAGUUUGCCAGUGCUGGACCUCAUCGAUGCCAUCCAGCCAGGCAGCAUCCACUAUGAUCUAGUAAAGACCGGAAGUCUGUCCGAGCAGGACAAGCUGGAGAAUGCCAAAUAUGCUGUAUCCAUGGCCAGGAAGAUCGGUGCCCGCGUGUACGCCCUGCCCGACGACCUGGUAGAGGUCAAGCCCAAAAUGGUCAUGACUGUGUUCGCCUGCCUGAUGGGCCGAGGCAUGAAGAGGGCGUAAAAGACAAAACAAACAAACGGGACCCCCGUAGCCAAUCAAAAGCCGACGUCUGACCUACAAGCCGUUUUGCUGGUUGAAAGGCUUCUGGUUGAAUGAAUUGGCCAUAAUAGUAAAAAAAAAUAGGAAAAAAAGAAACGCAAAGAAACAACAGAUGCUAAAGAAUCAUGUUUUGUUUGGCAGGACUGGGACAGUGAGGUAAGGGGGAGAGGGAGGUUUAGCAAAGCAGGGGGGUUGGAUUGUUUUUUGUAGACCAGACUAGGUAAAAAAAUAAAUAAAGAUUCCCACAGAUUCUGCAAAGGUACAAACCCAAACCACUUCCUAUCUUAUUGAUGCAAGGCGACUAAAACAUAUCCGCGUUGGACCCAAGCCAUGUCAGACUGUGCAGUGUAUAUUUUUAUUUGCAUAUUUGAUCGUGGAGGAAUGUGCGCGAGUGACUGAGUGUUAAAGUGUACAUCUCAACUUGUCUGCUCUGAGAGUUGUGUGCGAUCGUGGAGACGGGCCUUACUCGGCGCAGUAUUGCCUAUAAUGCAGUACCGAAAACUCUGUGGCCUCUUUAUAACGCUGUUGAAUCGGAUGCUUAUUUUCUUAGCGUUUUAUACGUAAGUAGAGUUUACCAAAAACAACAAGAAACACGUACACAUCCUUUCGCAGGUAGAAGCUUUAAUACAUUCCGUAGCUACGAACUCAUUUUACUAUGUGUCUUAUGUACAUGUAUACUCGAACUUGCUUUUUACAGAAAAAAAAAGGAUGAACCAGACAAAACGAACUAUGCAUGAACAAGUUCUUUUUUUAUUGUUAUUUAAAACAAUACACUCCUGGGAAGAUGACAAAAGCUUUAAUUAAUUCAUGCCGUGUAGUCGGUAAAAAGGACGGAGAAAAACGGGAAUAUUAAAAACAAAAGGAGCUUUGUGUGGAGCGCCGUCACAUUUUCAGAGUCAUACUUGUUUCUGUUGGGGGACGAUGACCAAAAAUGUUGUUAUUGUGGGGGAAAUAAAACUGGAACUGCCUAGCCUUAAUGGAGCAUGUUGACUGUGGACAGAAGACAGAGACCAAAAGAUCAUGAACGUGUCUGUAACAGAGCUGCAUUCUGCAAAUAAACCUGUUCAUAGUAUUCCA